AUGGAGGAAGGAGAUCACAGCGACAAGGACAGCGUAGGGGAGGACCGCGUGGACGACAAAGGAGACGGCAAGUCGAAAAAGAGCUACGAAAAAAUGGUGGAAGAAAUUAAAAUCGAAAAUAGCAAUUCGUACAUCUCAAAAAUUAGCCAACCAUUAUUGAAAAAAAAAUAUUUCAAGUAUGUUCUUAAAAUCCUAGACUAUGCCUACUAUGCCAAAGUAACAGCCAUGCAGAUCAUAAAAACAAAUGAGCAGAUGGAGGAACGGAAGAAAAAAAUUUUAAAAAACAAGUUCGUUGUUAUAGGUAUAACACAGGUUGUAAAAGCUAUUAGGAAAGGACAGGAAGGUAUUGUCUUUUUGGCCAUAGAUGUAUUUCCAAUUGAAAUAAUAUGUCACAUGCCCGUUUUUUGUGAAGAGCAUAGAAUACCUUACACCUUCGUUACCACAAAAAAUAAGCUGGCGCGUUUGUGCAAACUAAAGCGAUCAGUCACUUGCUUGUUCCUCCCAAAACCUAGCAUAGACAUUGACAAAUUUGAGGACACCAUCAAUGAGUUUAGCAAUAAGAAGAAGAUUAGCAACUACACUAAGUUGUACGACAAGAUGCUCGCCGCUGUGAAGAAGAACCAUCCAUUCUUUCAGUCGUAG